GGUUGCUCUAAGGGACCUUGGAGACACUCCUUUCCAAUACAUGUUCAUGUGUUAGACCUUGUGCUGUCCCCAAUCUAGGCUCCAGACAGGUAUGCGUGGUGCCUUUGGAAAGCCCCAGGGCACUGUGGCCAGGGUUCACAUUGGCCAAGUCAUCAUGUCCAUCCACACCAAACUACAGAACAAGGAGCAUGUGAUUGAGGCCCUUCGCAGGGCCAAGUUCAAGUUCCCUGGCUGUCAGAAGAUUCACAUCUCCAAGAAAUGGGGUUUUACGAAGUUUAACUCAGAUGAAUUUGAAGACAUGGUGGCUGAAAAGCGACUCAUCCCAGAUGGCUGUGGGGUCAAAUACAUCCCCAAUCGUGGCCCCCUGGACAAGUGGCGGCCCCUCCACUCGUGAGGACUUAACAUUGUGUUGCCUAUCAAUUGCGCCUACCAAUAAUAAAUCCUACUUCCUGUCCAAAAAAAA